AUGGCAAAAGCUAUUUGUGUUCUUGCAACAGAGAAGCUUGCAGAUGAUUAUAUGAGCCACAUAACGAAUUUACAGAGUAAAGGUAGCUCACUGGAAGAGCGAAGUUCCAGCUUGUCAAAAACAUUGGAUUCUGCCCGGCAGGACUCCAUGGAAUGGAAAAGAAAAUAUGAACAAAUUUCAUCGAAACAGAAGAUUGAGGAAGACCAGGUCAUAAAACCUGGCUGCCGAGUCAAAGAUAAAGAACUAAGAUCUGGAGAUAUCAACCUUAAAGCUUGA